CGUCAAACAAAUGUCAACAAUGUCAAUUGUGCAAUAAAUAAAUAAUUAAUCAUUCUCGAAAAAUGGAAGUUUUCAAUAAACUAUAUUCACAAGUGAGUAGUUCUGUUAGCAGCACUGUGUCUCAAUUAUCGGGGGUCCUACCCGGAAAUCCAGUCACUCGCGAAUUUGACGCAACCACCCACAUUGCAUCCGCAGGCCCAGGCCUAGUUUGGAAAAUCUACAAAGGCUACAAGCGCUCCACUAAACAAGAAGCGUCAAUUUUCGUCUUCGAGAAGCGCCAAUUGGAAAAAUGGAACAAAUCCGACCGAGAAAUCAUUCUGGAAAGUCUGCGCCGCGGUGUCACUCAACUCACGAAAAUCCGUCACCCCCAAAUUCUAACCGUCCAGCACCCGCUAGAAGAAAGUCGCGAGAGUCUUGCAUUUGCAACUGAGCCGGUUUUUGCGAGUCUGGCCAAUGUUCUAGGGAAAACCACAAACAUGCCGCAGCCGGCAAACAUGUCCGACUACAAAUUAUUCGAUGUGGAAAUUAAAUACGGGUUGCUACAAAUCAGUGAGGGGCUUGCCUUCUUGCACAACGACGUGAAGUUGUUGCACAAGAACGUGUGUCCGGAAAGCGUGAUUAUCAACAAUCAGGGGGCUUGGAAGAUUUUUGGGUUGGAUUUUUGCGUGCACAAUACGAACCCGGCGAAUUUACCCCCGGUGUAUCCGUGCGAGGGGUUUUCGCCGACGCUUCCAGAUGUGUGUCAGAGCAAUUUAGAGUUUCUGGCGCCCGAGUGUGUUUUGAAUCAGACGCAUUCAGCUGGUAGUGACAUGUUUUCGGUGGGGAUGUUGGCGUACGUGUUGAAUUCGCCCGGGAAUCAGAGUUUUACGCCAAUUAGGGAUCUUCAACAGUUUCGAGCGAGGGCGCAACAGUUGAAGAAUUUGAAUCUAGGGAAGUUGCAAUGUAUUCCAGAGGCGCUACGAGAGUAUGUUAAGUUGUUGUUGAAUUUUACUCCAGAGUUGAGACCGGAUGCGCAUCAAUUUACUAAAAUUCCAUAUUUUGAUGACGUUGGUAUUAAAACGCUGACGUACUUAGAUUCUCUUCUCCAGUGGGACAAUUUGCAAAAAUCUCAGUUUUAUAAAGGGCUCCCGGAAGCCCUCCCCAAGCUCCCCCAUCGAGUUAAAGUCCAAAGAGUCCUGUCCUGUCUCUCCCGUGACUUAUCCCAACCCGCGAUGGUCCCUUUCGUCCUUCCUAGUAUCCUAGACAUAGCGCAGGAGUGUAAUAAGGACGAAUAUUGCACGCACAUUCUCCCCCACUUAAAACCCGUCAUGAAACUGAUGGAGCCAAUCCAGAUUUUACUAAUAAUGUUGCAAAAAAUGGAACUAUUGUUAAAACUGACCCCCGCUGAAGACAUCCAACAGCACGUUCUACCAAUGUUGUAUAGAGGCUUGGACUCCGACAGCCCCCAAAUCCACGAACUUUGCUUAUCAGUGUUGCCAACUUUCGCGGGUCUUCUAGACCAUUCCAACGUCAAAAACAGUCUCCUACCACGAAUCAAACGCCUCUGCUUAUCAACAUCAAGUCUCUCAGUGAGAGUCAACUGUUUAUUGUGUGUAGGCCGACUUCUCGAACACUUAGACAAGUGGUUAGUCCUCGACGAGGUUCUCCCAUUCCUUCCACAGAUUCCAUCGCGAGAACCCGCCGUCUUAAUGGGGAUUUUAGGCAUCUACAAGUUGGCAAUGAAUCACAAAAAACUAGGUAUAAGUAAGGAAGUAAUCGCCACAAGAAUCUUACCGUUCCUCAUACCCUUAUGUAUCGAGAACGGUCUCACUCUAUCCCAAUUCAACGCUCUAGUAACUCUAGUCAAAGAAAUGUUCCAGCUCGUCGAAACCGAGCACCGCACUAAACUAGAACAAUUGAAUUCGGUCAAAGACGAGCAGAAAGUGUUGGCAGCGACCAUCCCGGCGUACCAACCCACAAAAAAACCAGCGGAGUUGGAUCAAGCUUUCACUGGGUUAGGUUUAGACUCGUUCGUUUCUAUGAGUUUACAAGAAAAGCAAAAAGUUGCGCAACAACAAGACACGUUUAAGGCGUUUCAGAAUCAGCCGGCUUUGGAACCGGUCAAACCGGUUAGUGUGGCCACGCCUCCGAAGGAUCUGUCGUUGACGCUCAUUUCCGAUUGGUCGAACGCUAAUGUGACGAGUCCGGGUGGGGGCAACAACGGGUUUAGUGGGCGUGGCGGGAAUUGGAUGGGUGGGGCGCAGACGAAUUUCGCGUCUCCGCCGAAUCCGUGGAGCAGCAACCAGAAUAGUCAGUUUAAUUUGAACAGGAGUAAUAAUAACGCGCCUCAGACUAAUUGGGAUUCUUUGGAUAAGCUUUUGCCGCUUGGUGGGGCCGGGGGCGGCGCUAAAGUACCGAUGAAUCAAAUGAUGGCGCAGAAGCAACCCUUGAUUCCAGGACCGAGUGUGGGUGGUAACGUUCUUUCGAAGGACGACAUUAUGGAUUUGUUAAGUUAAAAUGCUGCAUUUAUUUAUGUGAUUUUAUUUAUGUGUUUUUUAUUCCACUGAACGAGAUUAUCUUUGUGUAAUCACUUCGCACUACUAUAAUAAUAAAUAAUUGAGAGAAAUAA